UGGACGGGAGAGUACUGUACCCAAAUCUUAAGGCAAAUUCCCAUUCACAUCAGCAGUACAACCAGUUACGGCAGGUUUCUCUGCAUGACCUUUGAAAGCACAUGCGAUGGUUUUCCUGGCCCAACUAGCAUGUGACCACCAAUUGUAUAAACGCCAGAGUCGGGAAGUGUCAUCUGCGUUUCAAGAAACAGACAUCGUCGAAACAAUAUGGGGAAAUGUUUUGCCAGCGCUCCAAAUAUCCAUUGUAUGCGCCUUUGAACUGGACUCGCUCGUAUCCGUAUUAUAUCAGCAAUAUUUAUGAGGAUUGCCUGGGCACAGGAGCCGUUGUUUCGCUGUUCAUGGCUGUUCACGACUACGAUACGAUUUCCAGUGAAAUCUUCAUGGGUGUGGCCGGCGUGGACAUUCAGAUGGAAGAAAUUUCUGAGCUUCUUGCUAACAAAUCCAAUGUUUUAAGAACCAUCCUCAUUAACAAAUCGGGUUAUGUGCUUCACCAUUCGCAUUUGGAUCGGGUCAACCGUACAAUGUGGAAUAAUUUCUCCGUUGUUGUGGAUUGGACUACACUAGAGCCUCGUUUGCCGGAACUAGCAAAGAUCAAGCGUAAGGUUUAUCGUUGGCAAUCCGGCCACAUCCAUACGGUUUUCUGGGAACGCUCCAACGAUCCCCGACGGCUGCGUCCAGUACCAGUGACUUAUGUUUUUGAACCAGUUGUCGAUGAUAAGCGAAUGCUGAUAUACGUACAUACGGGGAAAUAUGGUCAGCCAUGCACCGUAAAAGCAAUGGGACGUGCGGAAAAAUGCGAAACGUAUUGCGCCAGUUUGAACGACCUUAUUCGGAACUCCGUUACGGACUAUAAGCGUCCAUGGCUGGUCUGUUGUGGAACGGUAUACUGGUUUCAGAGGUUGCAUAAUUUUACCGUGAAUGAUGUCCUGUACAAUGCUCUUUAUCGGCCGGAUGAAAUCCAGUUUCAGCCAAUACCGGCCCAAAUGUACAACGAGAUUGCGGGAUACGAUAUGCUUAUGUACCGUUUGCUCCUUCGGCAUCCUUAUCCCGCUGUCAUCGGCACAUUCACCGACAAGAGUACGAUACUCUCCGCCAUGGAAUUAGACCAUGAAAGACGCCCCACUCUGAUAAUGGAUGAUUCGGGGACAAUAUACGCUGACUACCGCAACGGGUCUAACACCACCGAAUCGUUCACUCAUGUAUCCGAAUCACACGAUCACCUUUGGGAUCAUUUCCUGGAAAAGGGAAUUCUGGAAAGUGAGAUGUUUGUGGUUCCGGCUUUUAACUGUUCGAUUACUUCUGGAGCCAGCAAAUCAGUGCCUUUGCUAAAAGUUGGCCUUCAUUCCGAUGUGGCAUAUGUUAUAGAGUGUUUAAGGUUAUUCUGGACUAUUUUCGGUCAGUUCAGUGCCUUACUUGGUUUAACGAUUCUGUGGAUUCUUCCAGUGACAGUAUUCGCGUUAAAAGCCGACGAACAUCGAAAGCUCACAAGUAAUUUAUGCACCAAGGAGGAAAUGCUUUCGUACUGGAGGAAAGGGGAGGUUGCGUCAUACGGGAGCGUCAAAUGCAGCAGUUCAAUACGUGAAUUCGGGCUAAAUAAAAUUUCGGGAACAAAUUUGCUCAUGCUGACUGCAGCGCAGUACGACAAUCCAGACGACAACUGCCGGAAAGAUCCAAUACGAAUUGCUCCGACUGCCGACAAGUGCCCAAAUCAGGACAGUAUUAAACGUACAUGGAAACCGAUGGCUUCGGAAUUUUUUCCUUCGAGUGUGUUCGACUACAUGUCGACGGAAGAUUGUGCCUAUGCCAAGGUGGUAUUUGCUUCGAGUACAGCUGCGCUGUAUACCGGCUCGUAUCCGCUUGCCAUCGUGAUCUUUAGUGUGGUGAUUGCUGCUGUGGCUUUCUACGUGAUAGUGUAAUGUGGAAAAGAUAUUGAUUUUGAAGUUCUUUGGGAAACUUU